GUCUCUGCUCUGGGGCCCCCGCCCAGGGCCGCGAGCCUGGCAUCUCGGAGCAGCCCUGCUCCCGUGGACAGGCGUCGACCGAGCCCCGCGCGCCGAGCCACACCAGAGUCCCAGCAGGUGGCCGCCUGUCAGCCUCUCGGCUGAAGCCUGGAAUGGCUUUCUCAGAAGAACAAGGAGAAGCCCCCUGUGGUUUCAUCCGCCAGAAUUCCAGCAACUCCAUCUCCUUGGACUUUGAGCCCCACACAGAAUACCAGUUUGUGGAGCAGUUGGAAGAGCGCUACAAAUGUGCCUUCUGCCACUCGGUACUUCACAACCCCCACCAGACGGGUUGUGGGCACCGCUUCUGCCAGCACUGCAUCCUGUCCCUGAGAGAAUUAAAUGCAGUGCCAAUCUGCCCUGUAGAUAAGGAGGUUAUCAAAUCUCAGGAGGUGUUUAAAGACAAUUGCUGCAAAAGAGAAGUUCUCAAUUUAUACGUAUAUUGCAAAAAUGCUCCUGGAUGCAAUGCCAAGGUUAUUCUGGGACGAUACCAGGACCACCUUCAGCAGUGCUUGCUUCAAGCUGUGCAGUGUUCUAACAAGAACUGUCGGGAAGCAGUCCUCCGGAAAGACCUGAAGGAGCAUUUGAGCGCAUACUGUCAGUUUCGAGAGGAAAAAUGCCUUUAUUGCAAAAAGGAUGUAGUAGUGAUCAACCUACAGAAUCAUGAAGAAAACUUGUGUCCUGAGUACCCGGUAUCUUGUCCCAACAAGUGUUUGCAGAUUAUUCCAAGAACUAAGGUGAAUGAACAUCUGGCUGUGUGUCCUGAAGCCGAACAAGACUGUCCUUUUAAGCACUAUGGCUGUACUGUAAAGGAUAAGCGGGGGAACCUGCAGGAGCAUGAACAUUCAGCCUUGCGGGAACACAUGCUUCUGGUUUUAGAAAAGAACUUUCAAUUAGAAGAACAGAUUUCUGACUUAUAUAAGAGCCUAGAACAAAAAGAAAGUAAAAUCCAGAAGCUAGCAGAAACUGUAAAGACAUUUGAAAAGGAAUUCAAGCAGUUUUCACAGUUAUUUGGCAAAAAUGGAAGCUUUCUCUCAAAUAUCCAGGUUCUUGCCAGUCACAUGGACAAGUCUGCUUGGCUAGAAGCUCAAGUGCGUCAGUUAUUACAAAUGGUUAACCAGCAACAAAAUAAAUUUGACCUAAGGCCUUUGAUGGAAGCGAUUGAUACGAUGAAACAGAAAAUUACCCUAUUAGAAACCAAUGAUCAAAGAUUAGUUGUUUUAGAAGGGGAGACUAACAAACAUGAUGCACACAUUAAUAUUCAUAAAGCACAGUUGAAUAAAAAUGAAGAGCGAUUUAAACUGCUGGAGGGUGCCUGCUAUAAUGGAAAGCUCAUUUGGAAGGUGACAGACUACAAGAUGAAGAAGAAGGAGGCAGUGGACGGGCACAUAGUGUCCAUCUUCAGUCAACCUUUCUACACCAGCCGCUGUGGCUAUCGGCUCUGUGCCAGAGCAUACCUGAAUGGGGAUGGGUCUGGCAAGGGAACCCACCUGUCCCUGUACUUUGUGGUGAUGCGAGGAGAGUUUGACUCACUCUUGCAGUGGCCAUUUAAGCAGAGGGUAACUCUGAUGCUUCUGGACCAAAGUGGCAAAAAGAACCACAUAAUGGAGACCUUCAAAGCUGACCCCAAUAGCAGCAGCUUUAAAAGACCUGAUGGGGAGAUGAACAUUGCAUCUGGCUGUCCCCGCUUUGUGGCUCAUUCCACUUUGGAGAAUGCGAAGAACACCUACAUUAAAGAUGACACCCUGUUCUUGAAAGUGGCUGUGGAUUUAACUGAUCUAGAGGAUCUCUAGUUCACUGUUCCUGGGGUGAUAGGAAAACUUCUUGGGUUCUAAAGCAUGGUUCACUUGAUUAUCAUAUUGAGCUGGACUUCACUCAAUGUAUUUGGCUUUUUGCCUUUAAUGUUUAAAGUCAGUUGAAAACGUCUAAAUGCUGUCUUUUUACAUUCUACUCUGGUGAAGUUUGUAAUUUAAAAAUCCUAGAAUGUCCUAUUUAUAUUUUUAUAUCUCACGAAAGAUGGUAAGUUUCUUGAAAACCAGGUCUGGGGCUUAUCUCUUUUGCUGGUGCUUAGUGUGGUGUAUCAGACACUCUACAGUAUUCAAUGUUGUUGAGGGCACAGAAGUAUUAGAAUUCCCAACUGAAAAAUAUUUUUGUAUUUAUUGUUUGGACUGUUGAUUCUAUCUCUGACCUUAAGACUGGAAAAGCCCUCUUUUCAAAGGUAGGCUGUUCCAGUUAAGUAGUGCAUGACAUAAUUAGAAGUCAAUAUAAUAGGCCCAGUUAGGACCCGAUUUUUCAUUUAAAUACUAAAUUUUGGGAAAUUACUGCACUCUUAAAUGUUUUCAUGAAAUUCACCAAAUCUGCAUAAGAACUGGUAAAUGGCAUAAACAUUUUCAUUCUUCUUCUUGAAGUAAACCAGAAAGCAUUACAUAUUGUGUGUGUAUGUGUGUCUGCACACGCACAUGAAUGUAUAGAGAGCUAGCCAGCUAAAGUGAAGAUUUUAUUAGGGUCUCUAAUGUCACAAAUGUGUAAAAGGAAUUUAAAACCUAAGGAGAAAACCAUUAAAAUUUCGAGUGGCAGAAGUACUCCCAAUCCAAAACUGAUUGCUGAAAAUAGUAUCUCCUUUUUCUUUUUGGAGACCUUUUGAAUUUAUAAAUUGGUAUAAAAAUGGGCAUUUAGUCAGCUUGUGAAGUUUCUUUUAGAGUCCUGAGUACUUUGCAAAGAACAGAAAUGAUCAUAUUCUUAUACUUUUAUCUGUAUAGACCUAAGGGUGUAUAUAUAAAUCAAGAUGAGUCCUUAUUACUUUUGAUAAGCAUGACUUUAACAAAAACUAAAAUACUGUUUUCCUGAUAAGAAACAAAUUAUUACGCCAUUACCAUUGCUCAUAUGUGGGCUGGCUCUCCUGAGCAUGUAAGGACAAAUUACAUGACCCAGUGGUCACUGAAGAGCAGCUCACUUGGGUGAUGGCCAUGCAUCUUACACUUUCUAAAGAAGAAACAUGAUUAGGCUUAUGGGAAUAACGGGAAUCUUACUCUCUUCUAUGGUACUUCCAAUAUACUAAAGACUCCUAUUGCAGGAAUCACUCCAAAGGAUUAAAUUUAAUGAAAAAGUGCACAGUGGAAAGAACUGUAGUGAAUGAACUCUAAUAUAGUUAAAGGUCUACACAUCACCUCAGACAAACUCAGGAUGCAUUCUGUGGCCCACAAUGCCAGACCCAGAGGUUUCUGCAUGUUUGUUCUGUUUUUAAUCAUGUCCAAGGUCACUCUCUGUGUCUCCGUUGAGUACCAGGUCAUUUUGUUGUAAUUAGUUUUAAGCAGCUGAUGUCGAAAACAUUUAAAAGUGAAUUUGUCAAAGUAUUACCUAUCUUAUGCACAUAAAAUUCUUCUAUGCAUAUAAAAUAUGUCAUGGUUUGCUUAGCAGUUCAGAGUCCCUUAAUCCCUGAAAUAGUGAUUAAGUGAUCAUAGAUUAAGGAAUAAAAAGUACACCUUUUUCAGAAGAGCUGUGUUUUUUUAAAAAGUGAAUUCUUGUAAUCUAAUUUUCCUCUCUUAUGGUCUGAACUGUUUUUAUUCUGUAUAAACAAGACUUAAAUUUUUAUUUUCAUUUUUGUCUACUGUCAGUUUUUGAUGAAGAAAAAAACAAUAUUCUAGACAUAAUACUGGAGUUAACAUCCUUGAAAAAGGUUUAUAAGGAUCACAGUAGGAUGGGAGAUGGGGGAACAUAUUAAAACAUUUUUUUAAAAGUA